AUGGCGUCUGGGCCGCAGCACUCCACCCGUACUUCCUUAGACGGAACAACAGAUGCCGGUAGCAGUGAUAUCACGGAGAUCAAAGAACCACGCAUCUAUGAGGAUGACAUUGGACAUGCCGACUUCUCACUCGAUUCGACUCCACGAAAUGGGAGCGAGAUCGGGGCAGAAGACACCCAUCAAGCCGCCAACGGCUCCAGGAUCCAUCAUGCCCGCCUGCAGCGUGUGAAGGCUAAACUGGGGCGCCCGUUCAGGUCGAUCUGGCCGUCCACGGGAAGGGGAGUACAAGAGAUCCCGCAUCCCGCGGACCUGGAACGGCUGGAGAAGAACCAGGUCGACGUCGAGUGCCAGCCGUCUUCCCCGGAUCUCGCAGGGGAGCCAGAUCCGUCUGCACCUCAGGGUGUCCCGCGGGAGUUGCGCAACCUCACCUCGGAGAUCUUGCUGGUCGUCGUCUGCUCGGCGAGUCUAACAUUGUACGCCUUCGCCCUGGGGGACGUGACUGUCAACCAGGAGGAAUUCAGGAAGGCACUGGGAAUGCAGAAUACCGAGCUGCCGUGGUUGACGGGGUCCUUCAACACGGCCAAUGGACUGUCGGUCGUCGUGUCAGGAUCCCUGAUGGACCUGGCACCACCGAGGAGAAUCAUGCUUGGUGCCUUUGGAUGGUUCACCAUAUGGAAUAUCAUCGGAGCCUUCUCCAUUCGUCCCAGCACGGCCAUCCUCUUCCACAUCGUGCGCGCCAUGCAAGGCCUCGCGGUUGGAGUCAUGGUGUCCGGCUCCAUGAGCAUACUCGGCCGCGUCUACAAGCCAGGUCUGCGUAAAAAUCGCGUCUUCUCGGCCAUGGCAGGCACUGCCCCCUUCGGCUUCUGGCUAGGUGGCGUCCAAGGCGGCGCGCUCAGGGCUCACCUCCCCUGGAUCUUUGGAUCAAACGCCAUGAUCUCGGGUCUCUGCUGCGUCACGGCCUACUUCACCGUCCCCCCGCUCCAACCCGUCGCAGACAUCGCAGGCACUGAAGCCCCAUCCUUGAAACAAUUCGACUACCUAGGCGCGACAGUCGCCAUGGGCGGCUUCAUCUGCCUCCUCUUCGGCCUGACACAGGGCUCCGUCACAUCCUGGGCCCCCUAUACCUACGCACUGGUCAUCGUCGGCGUCCUUCUCCUUGCAGCCUUCAUCAUCCUAGAACGCUACGUCGAGCGCCCCAUCAUCCCGAACCGUCUCUGGAAGACGAAGGGCUUCAAACCGCUCAUGCUCGCCUACUUCCUCGGCUACGGCUCCUACUCAGGCGCCUGGCAGUUCUACGCCGUGCAAUUCUGGCUCCGCAUCCAACACCACAACGCGCUCACAGUCGCACUCUACCUCCUCCCAAAUGGUAUCGUCGGCGUCUUGGCUACGUGGAUCGUCAGUCGAACCCUCCACCUAGUGCCGGGCCAUUACAUCUACGCCGUUUCCAUGCUAGCCUACGCUUUAGGUCCAGCCUUCUUCCUUCCCCAAACUCCCAAUACAACCUACUGGGCACUGUCCAUGCCCGGUGUCGCCCUGGUGACGUUCGGCCCCGAUCUCGCCUUCGCCGCGGCUUCGAUCUUCAUCACUUCCAACGUUGCGAGAUCCUACCAGGGUAGCGCGGGAAGCAUGUUGAUGAUGAUGCAGAAUCUCUCGGCUGCUAUCAUGACGGCUGUUGCGGACGCUGUCGGCGCACGUGUCGAUAAAGGUCCAGACGGUGAUAUUGGUCUCAAGGGCCUACGGGCUAUCUGGUGGCUUGGUCUGGCGGGGAGUUUAGUCUCAGUGUUGAUCACGGUGAUUUGGGUGAGGAUUCCGAAGGAAGAGGAGAAAGACCAUGUUGUUUGAUUUAAUCCUAUUAUUUUUUGCGGUAUCUUUCUACUACGAUAUUCUCAUGAUCUACGUGCCAUGUUCGGUCUCGGUCUGACGCUGUGUGUCCACUGCCGGUUUUACGCUGUUUAUUUCGGAUUUUGUUCUUGGGCUAUUGGGUUCUAAUAGAUAUCUAGAUUAUAGACACAACGGGCUAAUAAUACUGGGGUUAUAGAAGGGC